GGAAAAGUUGUGCUGCUGGCUUCAGGUCUUCAUCUGUUCCAGUGUUACAGAAACAUGCUCAGGUUUAAGAUGUUCUCGGCUGUUUGACGAGCCGCUGUGCGAUUAUUCGAUUUUUACCUCAGACUGACCGUCGUUGGCUAAGAUGACUUUCUUUCGGCUGGAUGAUUUUUUGGCAGGAUGGAUUGGAGGUGCAUCUAGUGUGAUUGUGGGACAUCCACUUGACACAGUUAAGACACGUUUACAAGCAGGCAAAGGAUACAAGAACACUCUUCACUGUAUCGUCACCAUCUACAAAAAAGAAACCGUUGCUGGCUUUUUUAAAGGCCUCUCCUUUCCCCUGGCUAGCAUCACACUCUACAACUCGAUGGUGUUUGGCUUCUUCAGCAAUUCUCAGAGACUCAUCAGCAAGCUUCGUUAUGGUGACGGGAGACACCCUUCUGGUAUGCUUGACCUGACUGUGGCCAGCAUGACAACAGGCCUGGUAUCAGUAGGCCUGGGAGCACCUGUGGAUCUGGUCAAAAUCAGGCUGCAAAUGCAAACACAACCAGUUCUUGCAGAAAACGUCACCCUUGCUGGUAAUGGCAGUGUCCCGCUUCGGACAAUGGGCCUGCAGGCCCAGCCCGUUUAUAGAGGCCCCCUUCACUGUAUCAGCAGCAUCCUGCAGACUGAGGGAAUCCAGGGGUUGUACAGAGGGGCAGGAGCCAUGGUGCUGCGCGACGUGCCUGGAUAUACCCUUUAUUUCAUCCCAUACAUUUUAUUCUGUGACUGGUUAAAGCCUAAUGGGAACAGCCCCCCUCACCCCUGCUUCAUUUGCCUCGCUGGAGGAUUAGCAGGAUCCAUAUCUUGGGUCACAGCAACACCAGCUGAUGUGGUUAAGAGUCGAUUGCAGGCAGACGUUAUGCACAACAGGAAAUAUAAAGGAAUUGUCCAUUGCAUCAUACAGAGUUACAAGACAGAGGGAAUACAUGUUUUCUUCCGUGGUGUGACAGUGAAUGCAGUCAGAGGAUUUCCCAUGAGCGCUACUAUGUUCCUGGGUUACGAACUUUCCCUCAGGUUUUUUCGAAGCCUGUAACAACCUUCCAAAUCUCUACUUAACACCGAGACUGACUAGUUCUUAGUGUGGAUAAUAUUCAUCCAAGAUUUUACUGUUUACAAAGAUCUGCAAAGUAAACUGCAAAGUUUACAAAG